GUCUUACAUGCCGCUAGCUGCGAGCCGGCGCGCUCGCCUCAAAUCGCUGCAAGCAUCGCUCUGCGUGCGUGGUGAAACACAUACAAAGCACGCCACAGUUGCUGCGAACACGCACGCGCGUCGCUGUAGCCAGCUUGUACGGCUGUAGCCAAAGCGAGAGCAGCCAGCUUCGGAGAGCGCGCAGCGAUUGCGGCCGAAGAAGCGCAGCGAGCGGAGAGACACAAACUACGAUGCUUGCACAUGUAGUAGACGCAGCCCUAAAACACGACCGCGACGCGGCGCGCGCGGCUACCCGCGGCGCGGCGCCGUACGCCCAGAAAAGCAAGAGCAAGGUCGCCGCGCUCGACGCGUUACUGAUCCGGGCCGAGGCCGAUGAUGAUGAAGACGCCGCGGCGCUGAGACGCGUCUUCCAGCUCAUAACCGACGCGUCGGCGAAGGCCGCGAAGAGGGGCGACGACCAAUUGACCCAAAACUGCGGCUUCUUGACGCGGUGGCUGCUGCGCCGCGGCGAGGGCGGCCUGAGCUCCGUGAAGGCCUCGCGGGCCUUCGCGGCGGCCGUGGGAAAUAGUGAUGACGAAAGGUGGCGCGUCCUCGGCGUCUGCGAGACAAUUGGAAGAGCCUGCCACGUCAAAGCGGGUCAUGGUAUUGAGGACGCGGGCGGCGUCGUAGCCGCGGUCGCCCUCGCACAUAUCGGGGAGGCGUUAUCAUCGAUUAUAUCAGACGCGGAGAAGCCCACGCGUUUAAGUACUGCAGCCGCCAGGGCCUUCCACGAGUUAGUACAUGCCUUAUCUCGCGGCGCCGAGUGGACCUCUACCACUCUAAGGGAGGCGGAUAGUGAUGACGACACGGAUGGAGAAACAGACGAGUCGUGCGCGCCCGAUUUGUACCAGAGAUGCCGCACGCAAUUAUUGGGGCUACUGCCAGCAAUCGCGCGGUCGAUCCACGGUCAAGUCGGCUGGCACGCGGGGACGUCGAGCCACCGCGCGUCCUAUGUCAAUGCAUUACGUGAUUUGCUGACAGAGCUCGGCGCCGACGCGGCGGGGAAGGUCGAUGGCACCGGCGCGGCCUCGGCGCAAGCUAGACAGAAGUCGCCCAUCCAGAGCGCGCUGGCGUCGAGUUCUGAGUUAAAUAUUACAAUACAAGAAAAUGAUAGAGACGGGCGGGAUACAGCGGAGGUGACGCAAGCCGCGGCCCGAGCGCAAAACGCCGCUUCAUUGAGACUGGCCUGGGUGCUGCGCGCGGCGCCGCCUUCAUUGCUCUUUGUGGACAAGGAUUCUAUAGCGACCACGGUCGCGAGCGUCGCGCAGGAACUACAAGCCGUAUCACACAAUCAAGUAGAAUCGGACGACGAUAGCGAUGAUGACGGCUUCGACCCCGAGAAGGAGAAGUUGAAAAGAAGGGAGGCGCGCUGUUCGCGAGCGGACCUGAAGCGGGCGGCCUGCCGCCGCGCGUGUUUGGUAUUGGGCCAGGUCAAGGCGAAGCGGCUGGAUUCAUUACUCGAAGCGAGACCCGAGGUUCAUGGGGCUCUGCAGUCGAGCUGCGCCUUUUUACUGAGAGGCGACCCGGACAAAGGGGAAGAAGACGCGUUCGCCGACGGCUGCGACGCCGCGACGGCGUUUCUAGCGUCGUCGCUGCUCAAGAGGUCCCUGGAAGGAGCUUUACUGAAGGGUUCUUCCGCAAGCGACCUCGCGGCGCCCCUUUUAAAUAUUUUGGAUAGUGGCGAAAAACCGGAUGAGCCGGCGUCGGCCGCGGUGGGGGCUCUCCUCGCGCCGCUCGCUCUACAGGAGAAGUCACCGGUCCUCGACGCCUUGUUAGCACGGUGCGGUGGCAACGGCGGCGGCCUCACGGCGUUAGAACGUGUGCUCGACGCGGCCCAAAAAAAUGGAAGGCGGGACAUCGGGGGCGACGCCGCGGACGCCUUAUGUAGAGAGGUCUCCACCUCAACCGACGCGCACCGGCGCGACCGGGCGUCACGAUUAUUCGCGAAGAUCGACGCGGACGUGGCCCUGCCUCGAUUACGCGCCGCGCUGAAGCGCGCUCAAACAGAAACCUCGAAAACGGCCCUCGAAACCUGCGUCGGCAUCAAUAUAACGGGAAGCGACGACGCCGACGGCGCGCUCGCCUUCCUCGGCCAGUGCCUGAAGGGCGACGCGUCUCCAACAGAAGGCGAGAUUGAGUUAGAAGCGUGGGCCGACCGCGUGUUGAAGAGCGCGCCGCUCUGGGUCGGGCGCAUCGCGUCGAAAGGUGGCACGCGGUGGACCAAUACGGCUGCGGGCUGUGCAGCUAGAGCAUGCGUGCCCAAGGACGCCGCGGCGUUGCGGCUCUGGGGGUGUGUAUGUGAUGAGAUCAGUGAUAGGGAGACGGCGCGCGCGGCUAUGAACGCGAUCGUAUCUGUUGAAAGUGACGACCUCUUCGCGCGCCUCGCUCCCUUAUUAGCGAUGAAGCGCGCGCCGGCGAAGUUCUGGUUCCUUAGUGGCGCCGACGGCGCCUUCGCGCUCCUCAAAGCGGCGCUGAUGAUGAAUGAGCACAAAGCCGUGAAAACUAUCGCCGCCGAGGUGCUCGGGCGCCUGCCUCCGUCGUACACCGCCCGGGCGGCCCAGGAUAUAUUCAAGUACGUGGAAACGCCGUCGGCCGAAACCGCCGACGCCGCGCGCGCGGCCCUCUACGCCGUCUGCCACGCCGCGACGGUCCACGGUGCUUCCGCGACGCUCGCAGCUAAACCGCCGGUCCUCGAGCCGCUUCUCACAUUACUGCACUACGUGCCGAACGAUUCGGAUGGAAAACGGGCCGCCGAGGCGCAGCGCGGCGCCGCCCACGCGCUGGCUAUGCUCCUGGGCGCCGAGAGCGCUCAUUGUGCGACGCAAGCGCCGCCCAAGGCACGGCCAUUGGUCGUGGAGGUUUCAGAUGUUGAGGACGCGGCCCCGGCGCCGCUCGCGCGUUUGGUGGCGGCGUGCGGCGACCCGUACGGCACGGAUUGUGUGGAGGCCGCCGUCGGCGCGUUUUCUUUGUCGAGUGGGUUAGCAGAGGACGUUAUAAAAGCACUCCAACGGCGCGACGGCUGCGGGGUAUUAAGGGUCGCGUGCGCGAACGCCGUCGCGACGGCCGCGCGGCAGCUCACGGACGAUAAAGCGUUGGUGGCGCUGGGAGACGCGCUGGCGGGCGCGUGUAUCCAUGGAGGCGCGCCGCGCGAGCCGCCUGCGGGCUCGACGCCGGCGCAGGCCGCCGUCGCCAUCGUGACGCGCGCGGCCUGGCUCCAGGCUUUGUUUGUCAUCGUCUUCCGCACGAAGCGCGUUCCAUCAAGCGUGGCGGCCGCAGACGUGUUUGGCGUCGCGUUGGAGGCGGCGCGAUUUUCUGGAGACGCGACCGUGCGGCGGGGCGGCCUCGUGCUGCUCUCGUCGCUCGUGGGCGUGGACAGCGAGCUCUGGACGAGGCUGCCGCCGGCGUCGGCGGCGCAGGCGCGAAACGCUUUAAGGGCGGUCGCCGCCGCGGAUCCCGAGAAGGAGCUGCGGGAGCUUGCGGCCCAGCUGUCCUCGGCCGUCGACGAGGCGAUCGGCGAGGCGCCGCCCGUGACUGCUCCGGCUAUGCCGGUCAGUGCGUCGCCGAUGAUCGGCGCGCUGAAUAUUGGGUUGUGA